GUUUCUUACUGGAAAGGAGCAACCAUGACGACCCGCUUGAGGAAGAACAGGAAGAAGCGUGGUCACGUCAGUGCUGGCCAUGGCCGUAUCGGAAAGCACAGAAAGCAUCCUGGUGGACGGGGUAAUGCUGGUGGCCAGCAUCACCACAGGAUCAUGUUCGACAAGUACCAUCCUGGUUACUUUGGAAAGGUUGGUAUGAGGCACUUCAACAUCAGGAAGAACCAGUACUUCCAGCCCAUCAUCAACCUGGACAAGUUGUGGUCGCUGGUCGGCAAUGAGGCCCGGGAGGAGGCAGCAAAGAAGACGAGCGAGGCACUCGUGAUCGAUGUGACAAAGUACGGCAUCUUCAAGGUAUUGGGCAAGGGCACCCUUCCAGAGCAGCCCGUGCUUGUACGAGCCAAGUUCUUCUCCAAGCUGGCAGAGAAGAAGAUCAAGGAGGCUGGCGGUGCAGUGCAGCUGGUGGCUUGAUAGCCUUGCAGCAGCCACAGCCCUGUAGAAUAGCUUUCAGCCUUCCCAGUGUGGAAAUACCUGUUGGCACUGGGACGACAGUCCUUGCUCUUGCAUCAGGGGGUUGAAAUCUGCCGUUAAGGUGCUUAAGGCACUGAACAAUCUAGCUUGCGGUUCAUAGCCGCAUGAAAUGCUUCAAUUCGGCUUCAAUCAGAUGUCGAGCUGUAAGAGAUGCUUCCGAUGAG